GCCCGGAGUGGCAACCAUGGACUGCAGCCUACUGAGGACGCUCGUGCGCAGAUACUGUGCAGGAGAAGAGAACUGGGUGGACAGUCGGACCAUCUACGUGGGACACAAGGAGCCCCCUCCGGGGGCAGAGGCCUACAUUCCACAGAGAUACCCCGACAACAGGAUCGUCUCCUCCAAGUACACGUUUUGGAACUUCAUACCCAAGAACCUAUUUGAACAGUUCAGAAGAAUAGCCAACUUUUAUUUUCUCAUCAUCUUCCUGGUGCAGUUGAUCAUCGACACACCCACAAGUCCGGUGACAAGCGGGCUCCCUCUCUUCUUCGUCAUCACUGUUACAGCCAUCAAGCAGGGUUAUGAAGACUGGCUUCGCCACAAGGCAGACAAUGCCAUGAACCAGUGUCCUGUGCACUUCAUUCAGCAUGGCAAGCUGGUCCGGAAGCAGAGUCGGAAGCUGAGAGUUGGGGACAUUGUCAUGGUGAAGGAAGAUGAGACCUUUCCCUGUGACCUGAUCUUUCUCUCCAGCAACCGGGCAGAUGGGACCUGCCAUGUCACCACCGCCAGCUUAGAUGGAGAGUCGAGCCAUAAAACUCACUACGCUGUGCAGGACACCAAGGGCUUCCACACAGAGGAGGAUGUGGACGGAUUGCAUGCCACUAUCGAGUGUGAACAGCCACAGCCCGACCUCUACAAGUUUGUGGGGCGCAUCAAUGUUUACAACGACCUGAACGACCCUGUGGUGAGGCCGUUAGGAUCAGAAAACCUGCUUCUCAGAGGCGCCACACUCAAAAACACAGAGAAGAUCUUUGGUGUGGCUAUCUACACAGGCAUGGAGACCAAGAUGGCUCUGAACUAUCAGUCCAAGUCCCAAAAGAGAUCUGCUGUGGAAAAGUCAAUGAAUACAUUCCUGAUCGUGUACCUCUGCAUCCUGGUGAGCAAGGCCCUGAUCAACACAGUGUUGAAGUAUGUGUGGCAGAGUGAGCCCUUCCGAGAUGAGCCAUGGUACAACCAGAAGACUGAGUCCGAGCGUCAGAGGAAUCUGUUUCUCAGGGCCUUCACUGAUUUCCUGGCCUUCAUGGUCCUCUUCAACUACAUCAUCCCGGUGUCCAUGUAUGUCACAGUGGAGAUGCAGAAGUUCCUUGGCUCCUACUUCAUCACCUGGGAUGAAGACAUGUUUGAUGAGGAGAUGGGGGAAGGGCCUCUGGUUAACACGUCUGAUCUAAACGAGGAGUUGGGACAGGUGGAGUACAUCUUCACAGACAAGACGGGCACCCUUACGGAGAACAACAUGGCCUUCAAGGAGUGCUGCAUCGAGGGCCACGUCUACGUACCUCAUGUCAUCUGCAAUGGGCAGGUCCUUCCCGACUCUUCUGGCAUCGAUAUGAUUGAUUCUUCCCCAGGUGUCAGUGGAAGGGAGCGGGAGGAGCUGUUUUUCAGGGCUCUCUGCCUGUGCCACACCGUCCAGGUGAAGGAUGACGAUCCUGGGGACGAUGUCGAUGGUCCCCAGAAAUCUCCAGACUCAAAGUCCUGUGUGUAUAUAUCGUCCUCGCCUGAUGAGGUUGCCCUGGUUGAAGGUGUGCAGAGGCUUGGUUUCACGUACCUGAGACUGAAGGACAACUACAUGGAAAUACUGAACAGGGAGAAUGACAUCGAGAGAUUUGAAUUGCUGGAAGUCCUCAGUUUCGACUCUGUGCGGAGAAGAAUGAGUGUGAUCGUAAAAUCUGCCACAGGAGAAAUUUACUUGUUUUGCAAAGGAGCAGAUUCUUCAAUUUUUCCCCGGAUCAUAGAAGGCAAAGUGGACCAGGUCCGGUCCAGAGUCGAGCGCAAUGCAGUGGAGGGUCUGCGGACCCUGUGUGUUGCCUACAAGCGGCUUGAGCCAGAAGUAUAUGAGGAUGUUUGCAGACUGCUGCAGACCGCCAAGGUGGCGCUUCAAGAUCGGGAGAAGAAGUUAGCAGAAGCCUACGAGCAGAUCGAGAAGGACCUGAUUCUGCUUGGUGCUACAGCUGUCGAGGACCGGCUCCAGGAGAAAGCCGCGGACACAAUCGAAGCCCUGCAGAAGGCGGGCAUCAAGGUCUGGGUGCUCACUGGAGACAAGAUGGAGACGGCCUCAGCCACCUGCUAUGCCUGCAAGCUGUUCCGCAGGAGCACACAGCUGCUGGAGCUGACCACCAAGAGGCUGGAGGAGCAGAGCCUGCACGAUGUCCUCUUCGAGCUGAGCAAGACAGUCCUGCGCUGCAGCGGAAGCAUGACCAGAGACUCCUUCUCGGGACUUUCGACAGAUAUGCAUGACUAUGGUUUAAUCAUCGACGGAGCUGCGCUGUCCUUGAUAAUGAAGCCCCGGGAGGAUGGGAGCUCCUCGGGCAACUACAGAGAACUCUUCCUGGAGAUCUGCAGGAACUGCAGUGCCGUGCUGUGCUGCCGGAUGGCCCCCUUGCAGAAGGCGCAGAUUGUUAAGUUAAUCAAAUUUUCAAAGGAGCACCCUAUCACCUUAGCAAUUGGUGAUGGUGCCAAUGAUGUCAGCAUGAUCCUGGAGGCCCACGUGGGCAUAGGCGUCAUUGGGAAGGAGGGUCGCCAAGCUGCAAGGAACAGUGACUACGCAAUACCCAGGUUUAAGCACUUGAAGAAGAUGCUUCUUGUCCAUGGGCACUUGUAUUACAUCAGGAUAUCAGAACUUGUGCAGUACUUCUUUUACAAGAAUGUCUGCUUCAUUUUCCCUCAGUUUUUGUACCAGUUCUUCUGCGGAUUUUCACAGCAGACUUUGUACGAUACUGCGUAUCUGACUCUCUACAACAUCAGCUUCACCUCCCUCCCGAUUCUCCUGUACAGCCUCAUGGAGCAGCACGUGGGCAUUGACGUGCUCAAGAGAGACCCAUCCCUCUACAGAGAUAUCGCCAAGAACGCGCUGCUCCGCUGGCGGGUGUUCAUUUACUGGACAUUUCUCGGCGUAUUUGACGCUUUGGUAUUUUUCUUUGGUGCUUAUUUCAUGUUUGAAAACACAACCGUGACCAGCAAUGGACAGAUGUUUGGGAACUGGACCUUCGGGACACUGGUGUUCACCGUGAUGGUGAUCACUGUCACACUGAAGCUCGCGCUGGACACGCAUUACUGGACUUGGAUAAACCACUUUGUCAUCUGGGGGUCACUGCUCUUCUACAUCGUCUUCUCCCUGCUCUGGGGAGGGAUUAUCUGGCCAUUCCUCAGUUAUCAGCGGAUGUACUACGUGUUCCUACACAUGCUGUCCAGCGGGCCUGCCUGGCUGGGCAUCACACUGCUUGUCACUGUCAGCCUCCUCCCUGAUGUCCUCAAGAAGGUCCUGUGCAGGCAGCUGUGGCCCACGGCGACGGAGAGGACUCAGAACAUCCAACUGCGGGACAGCGUUUCAGAAUUCACCCCUCUGACCUCUUUGAAGAGCUGGGGUACUCAGGGCGCCAGACCCGUGGCUCCCCAGUGCAGCUCCCCGUCUGGGAGAGUAGUGUGCUCGAAGUGGGAGGGCGAAGAGUACGCUGUGCUCCCUCCCCACCCAGGCCUUUCCCACAACACGAGGUAUGGGUGCUGCGGGUCCAGCCUGGAAAUGCCCACUUGAUGGACAGACAGCCUUCUGUCCCAGCCUCUGAGCGCUGUGUCUUUGGGUGCCUGUGUGUGCCUGUACCUGCCCCACCCCUCAUUCUCAAGAAGGUGGGGGUGGGGUCACAGGUCACCCCCUCAGGCACAGCACACUGCAAUCUGGACCGUGUGAGACAAGCAUUGUCCUAGGCCUGGUGACCGUACAGACAGUUGGGCUGUGGAGAAGGACAUGAUGCUUGCCUUCACCUUAAGCAUUGCAGCUAUGAACCAGGCCUGAGUAUCCACCCUCUGCUGUCAUCCUCUGCUGCACUGGAGGAGAAGACCCCGUCCUUUGUCUGCAGAUUGUACAUUCUGCACACGGGCUUGGCUCGUGCUGCAUCCUGGUGUUCUGACCACGUGUUUCCUGAAGUGGCCGUACCAGACACUACGUGGUCUGCGUCUCCCGGACCCGUGGCCUUGCUGUGCUCACAGUCACUGUCCCUCACGAGCCAUUUCCCUGGAUCAUGUCUGAGUCUGUUUGAUAAGGAGAUGCUGACCCUGCACAUUGGAGCUUUGAAAGGUGUCAGUGUCUCCUUCCCGCCACCGGCUGCCUGUGGAAGAUGACAUUUAUGUAUAUGGAUAAGUCACACUGUUAAAACCAGGUCUCUCAGGAGUGUCAUGAUAUCCACUACAUCCCAGAAUGAUGUUAGUUUAUCUUACUGGAAAACAUUUGUUUCAGGGGUGCUGGGAAAGGUGGGGGUUUGGGGCACCCGGGCAGAUAUUUAUCUCACCCAGAGGUGAGUCCCAUACCCAGAGCUGUCUGGGCCGGUGUGGACUCGCCCAUCCUAGUCUGCUCAGCCUGCCUCCCACUGGUGCCACACAGAUCCCAUCCAGGGCUUUCCCUGGCGUGGACAGGCCACUGUGCUGUGAAUCCUGCUGCUUCCUGCGCUGGAGGUUCUGUUUCUAGUGGAGCAUCCGACAGGGCUGCAACAGGCCUCACAGAGGGAAGAUGCUGCAGAAAGUGCCAGCCUGAACCUGGGAGAAAGCCAUCCCCAUCCCCGUGGAGUGCUGUGGUGGACCUGGGGCCAUCAUGAGGGUCACGGGCACUCGAGAGCCUGCAACCUGGGAAGCACAAAUUUUGUAACACAGUUAUACAAAGUUUCCCUCCAAACAGUGUGCUUGAGCUGGGGGAGCAACCAACAGAGCAAUUACUGGACCUGGCAGCUGGAGGGUCGGAUGAACGCAAACACCACACACCAAAGAUGGGGGGAUGACCUUGUGCUGUGAACAGACAGAAGAAUGCACAGCCCCACUCGGCUGUCCCUGGCUUCAUACAUCCUCAUGCCCGUUCACCCAGCUGCGUCGCCAUGUGUCAGCCCAGGAUUGGAGCCCCAGUCCACACUAGCCCUUAAGUAGUGGUGUGUGCAUUUUUACAGCCCUUUUUAAGAACCCCAAACAGGUACAAGUAUAAAUACCUGUGGGGAGGGGCAGAUUCUCUGUAUGUUUAGUUAACAAAUUAUUUGUAAUGUAUUUUUUUAGGGAUCUUAAAAUUGCCUUUGCACUGAAGUAUUUUCAUAGCUGUUUCUAGGUCUCUUCAUUUGUUGGUGUAUCUUCUGAUUUUUAAGUAUGUUUUUAAAGCUUUCACUUUUUAAGUUUUGUUUUUGGCCACUUUAAAUGCUGGUGAGCGUUCCGACUGAAUGUUUCCAUGUCUGAUGGGUGAGCCUCCUGGUUCCCCUCUGUGCCUCUCUGUUCCAUGGUGUUUCUGGAGAGCGACCUGCUGAAGGCAUGCUGAGGGUGUAACCAUUCUCUCUUCUUGGUUUGUCACCAUUCUUUGAAUUUUCAUGUUUUCUGUUUUGUUUUUUAUUUCCAUCCUUCAGCCUUAAACACAGAAUAUUCUUCCUGCAGGCUCUAUGUUCUGCAACCCAGUCUCGGUGUGAGGACACUCUCUCGCACCGCCCCCCCUCCAUAGCCUAAGUUUACAUAGGAACACCCCAGACUUUAUGCACACUCCAGUGUCUUUUAAAAUUGUGCUUAGGAAAUUACCACGUGAAGGUGCCUAAGAAUUUGAAAUAGAUGAGGGCACCGGUGAAAUGCAGAAACGAGACCGAAUGUGAGUGCAGAAGAUGUUCCACCCCACCUCACAGCGGCUGCUUCUUACUUUCCUUACAGCCAGUAACUUUAACUCAAAUGAAGCAUUUUCUUAAUUGCAUUGCACAUGUAACAUAUGUUGGCCAGAAUUCAUGGUUCUGUCGCCUGCAAGCAGUUCAUCUCAUGUAUGUACCGGGAGCCCUGGCUUCAUAUGUGUUCUCUUACUUUCUGCCCCACACACUUCAUGACCAUUUACAAGCUAUAUAAACAUGUAUGCAUAUGUGCACAUACACACAAGCACACGUGCAUUUUCUUUCCAGCCACCAUUCUGAUAGCCCUGUGCAGAGAUUUUGCCCUCUGCAGCCAUCAGGCUACACACACGCACACACACACACACACACGCACACACCAUCACACACACACCAUCAGGCUCCUUUCACUCACACAACAUCAGGCUCCUUUCGGUUGGGCUCCUUACAUUCACACACACACACACACACACACACACACACACACACCUCGGAAGGGUGCUUGGGCUGUGGGUGACAUAGCAGUGCUGGACUGAGCUGAGCUCUCCCUUUUCAGGGAAGUAUGCCUCUCAGGCAGGACCUCCCUCUGCUCCCUCAGCCCAGCAAGCAGGAUCCAGGCUAACCAAUGCAAAGCCGCAUGCCACCCUGAGUGCAGGUGUCUACCCCCUUGCCAUUAUACUAGCUAGGAAAAUGUCCCUAAAUCCCAGCUAUCCAUUCCUGAGUACAAGCAGACCAAAGGCCCCGCCCAGGGAGCUCCUGGAUGGGAGGAGGCUCUGAAGGCUGAGGUAGCAAAGUCCUGGGGGUGACACAGCCAGGACUGGAACCAUGGGGUGACUUUAAGUGUCUUUCCUGAGGGCAUUUCCUAAGAUCGGCUGCUGGCACCCAGGUCCCUGGGCAUCAGCCAAGUGUCUGGUGGUCUGGAGAAAGCUCCAGCCUGGGCCUCUGAACCCUCAAGCUCAAGGUCUAUCUGCACUGACUGGUACUGGACUCAGCCAACCACAUUUAUUUCAUCUUAAUGUAAUUCAUCGGCAAUGCCACAGAACAGCAGGCCCUUGUGUUCUACAUUUCUUUUUGGAAAUUUCCCACAUAUGACUGUAAAAACAGGGAAAAAGUCACUUGGCGAAUGCAAUCCUUUGUGUGAAGAGCCAGAAGACGGGUGAGUAGACAGAGCGGCUCUGAUGCUGCUGUCUGAACAAAGCUUUAGUGAGGAGGUGUGUGUCGGAAGUGUUACAAAAGUGAGCUUCUAAUUUUGCAGAAAAAGUCUAUCAAUUUAUAUAGCUUUAUUUUUUACCUUAUCAAGAGAUACAGAAUUUUAAUAUGCAUAUAUUGUCUUAAAUCAUGUGUGUCUGCAUUACCACUUAAAAUGUCCAUCUACAAUGUAAUGUAUGAAUAAGAGAGAAUCAAAGAGUAUUUAACAUGAAUGGUUAUCUGUAGCUGUCAUCGUCAUAAGUACCGGGAUUUAUUUUAAAUUAUCAAAUAUAGUAAAUACAUUAAUCAUGUCAUUCUCCAACACUAAUGUUUAACUGGUAGCCCAAUAACCUGCUUUGAAAAAUUAAAUUGUGAAAUAAACCAGA